CAAUGCCUUUGAUAAAUGAAUCCCACGACUCCCUCCCGUAUAUCGAUGCGGCGCCAUCUACCCAGGCCUGGGCCAAUGCAGAGAGAUUGAUCGCGGCAGAACUUUCAUCAGAUUAUCAGUCCUCAACACAUCCGUCGAUUCCUGAAUUCGCCGAGCCCAAAUUCACCCCCUGUAUCCAGCAGGAAAUCGAGCGCAAGGCGGCUGGAAAGCCUCUUACUGGCGGAGUCGACCUUUCACGCUACGAGGCACCAGAGCCACCAACUCGCUCCGCUGAUUCUGCGCCAGACCUCGAUGAAUGGCGUCAGACGUUGCGGAAAGCAUACACAGCUAGUUCGCACCUGUCUUCACGGCAUGAGAACCUCACACUCCUCGAAGAAAGCGGCAAGAAUGCGUGGUUGAUCGGGAAUUCCCAAUUGGAGGAUAUACUCAGAGUACUUGAGAAGGAAUUGGCGGAGACAAAGGAGGCGGCGGAGAAUGUCAACAAGCAACGAAAGAUCGCACAGGAGGCGAGCCAUGGAGAGCUUAACGGGCUCCAGGAGUCAUGGCGACGCGGUGUUGGUGCUAUCCUCGACGUUGAACUCGCCGCCGAGGACUUGCGAAUGAAGAUUCUUGAACAGAGACGACAAUACGCGCAGCAGCAUGCCCGGUAGGUGGGGCCAUGUCAAACAAUGUGCGACGACUCGGAAUUGCGGGAGCGCACACGCUCUGAUGCCAUUUGCAGCCAGAUCCCGGUAGUAGCUUUUGAAAAGGCUUUGGAACACUUGAACGGCCACGUCCAUUGAUCCUAUUCCGGGUCUAUUUCAGACACCGAAGGGUAUAUUACAAGGCCAUCUUUUAAUAUCGGACCCCCUAAUGUGCCAGGACACGUUGAAGCGUUUAAAGCUAUGGCUGGGUACAGAGGUCACGCAAACCGCCGUGCG